AUGGCAGAUCUCUUGUGUAAGGGAGAACAAGAAUCACAGAAGACCAUAAGAGAAUCCAAACAGAAGGACAAGGAUGAUGAAGAUGCUGAGCUGAUCUUCGUUGGGGUGGAACACGUAAAUAAAGAUGCUGACAUUCUCUUUGUCAGCAUGAUUUCAAAUUCACAACCAGUUAUUUCAAACAUUUUGAACCGAGUCACCCCAGGCUCAAUGUCAAAAAGAAGGAAAGACCUCCAAAAUCCUGCUCGAAGCAAGCCUGCAAAUCACACAAUCCAUACAGCAAAAGCAAUUAUGCCAGCAUCUCAGCCUGAAUGGGGAUCAACAAGUAGUCCUGCUACUAUGGAGUCUUCAUUUAAACCUGCUUAUAACAUGAACUCACCACAAGUUCCUCUCAAUUCCUCAGAUAUGCUUUCUGCAAAUACUCAGUGUCUAGUUGGAGCUGUAUGCCCCGUAAAAGGCAGAGAUGAGAGUUCUCCUGAUUCAAAGCGACUUUCCACUUCAGAUAUAAACAGCAGAAAUCCGAAAAGGGUUAAAUUCAGGGCUGGUGUCCCAGGGGCACAUUCUUUAGCUGUGGUCCCUCCAAAUAUCUCUCCUAUAAUGGACACGAGUCCACCCUCACAGGGUGUCUGCAACUCAUCAAGCCAUGUUCAAAGUGGAACAUCAUUUUCUUGGGCUGAUGCUAAGGAAAAGGCACAUUUCUGUCUUAUGGUUCCAGACACAGCAAAUGACUUUGAAGGACUGGUAAUUACAGAAUUUUCAAGACUCACAAAUCAAACCGAUUCAGAGAAAGGAAAUCUGUUCAUGUCACUUAGUGACUUUUACUAUGGACAGCAUAAAGGAGAUGGAAAGCCAGAAGAGAAGACUCAAACAACCUUUAAAUGCAUCAGCUGCUUGAAAGUUCUAAAAAAUGUUAAGUUUAUGAAUCAUGUGAGGCACCAUUUGGAACUUGAGAAGCAGAGAAGUGACAGCUGGGAAAACCACACCACCUGCCAGCACUGCCACAGGCAGUUUCCCACUCCCUUUCAGUUGCAGUGUCAUAUUGACAGUGUGCACACUGCCCAGGAGCUCUCUACUGUCUGUAAAAUCUGCGAAUUGUCAUUCGAAACAGAUCAGGUCCUCUUACAACACAUGAAGGACCAUCAUAAGCCUGGUGAAAUGCCCUAUGUAUGCCAGGUUUGCCAUUACAGGUCAUCAGCCUUUGCUGACGUGGAAACACAUUUUAGAACAUGCCAUAAAAACACUAAGAAUUUGCUUUGCCUGUUUUGUCUAAAAGUGUUCAAAAUGUCAGGACGAUACAUGAGCCAUUGUCAGAAACACUGCAGCAAGAGAGUCUUUCGAUGUCCCAAGUGCCGGCUACAGUUUUUGACAUUGAAGGAAGAAAUGGAGCAUAAAACCAAGAAUCAUCAGACAUUUAAAAAGCCCGAGCAACUGGAAAGGUUGCCUCCCGAAACAAAGGUUAUUAUCCAAAUUUCACUUCAACAAGAAUCAAGAGGUGAGGCUUCCAUUGUGAGCAACACUGACCCCUGUACAAAUUAA